CGACCCUCUAAUUAUGUGCAACAAAUUCACGCAUCGAAUCAUAACGGAUUGACCGGGUCAUUGUCUUAUUGCCGUAUUUACUCAACUGAAAGUGUGUACUGAACAGGGAAGUUUAGGUUAUUUCCAUAGAUGAAAUGGCUACCCAUAGAAUGUUUGGUAGAUCACAAAUUGAUGCAUCUGAUGCGUUUCAUGACUUUUCAUGCUCACCAUGUUCGGAAGAUGGCAAAAACACGGAGGCAUUGUAUCAUUGCAGCAUAUGUCAGGCUUUUUAUUGUCAGAGAUGUGUUAAUGUUCACAACAAGUUUACCAAAAAUCACAGUGCAACUGACAAGACUUCGGAUACUUUCGGACAAAAUUUCGGAAAAUCGGCGACACAGUCUUCCAACGAUUUGCCGACUGAUGUAUGCGAAGAACAUCAUGGGGAGGUGGUGAAAAUGUUUUGCGGACACCAUGAUCUUGUGUGCUGUACCGUUUGUAUCGCUGUGAAACAUAGGUCAUGUGAAGGAGUAGAAUAUAUUCCUAAUAUUGCUAGUAGGUUGCUGAAGGGACAAGGGAAGGAGAAGACCAAAAUUUCUCUCGAGAAAGUAAAGGCAGAUCUGAAAGACCUGAAGUCUAAAAUGGAGAAUGACCUCAGACAUUUAGAUAAACAGCGCGAUGGUUUUAUUGAUGACUUACAAGAUUUUAAGAAGCGUAUUAUCGCUAGAGUUGAAGAACUGGAGAGAAAGUCAUUAAAAGAGGUAAGGUCUAAACACAAAGAGCUGGCAGACAAUAUAAACGCAUACAGCAAGAAGAUUGAUGGUCUCCUGAACGUUAUUGAUGAACGACUGCAUAAACUCACACAUUCUAAGGAUGACAAUGAAGCCCAAAAUUUCGUUGACGUGAAGAAUGGUGAGAAAGCGUUUUCGGAGGGGACUGACCUCGUCAAACAAUCUACAUCGAGAAAGUUAAAUGUCAUGAAAUCUGAGAUAAAUACAGACAUUGAGGAGUAUCUAAGUAAGGAACAGUCUCUUUGGACAGUGAAAGCAAGCUUCCAGUCGAUGCCAGGCGGACCAGUGAGACCAGGUCCAAGACCUUCAGCGUCAGCCAAAUCAAGCGGAGGCCCAAGUGCUCAGCAGCAAAUGAGGCCAUCCACCAUGAAUGUCAGACCAAUCACUGACCAGUCUACAGCCCAGGCUCGACCAGGGAUGAGCAUGCCUCAGAGCUCGAUGCCAGGAAGACCCCUGCAGCCACAGGCCCCAACCAUGCACCUGGUUGCUAUAACAGGGUACAGUCAGUUCCAGAACAACAGGCCACAGCAGCAGAGCCAGGCUAUUGUUGUACCAGGCCAGGAUGCUCUGACAGCCGUCAUGUUGGCAGCGGCUCCUCCCCAGGAACAGAAGCAGAUGUUGGGAGAACGUCUGUUCCCCCUCAUCCAGCGCAUGUGCCCAGACAUCGCGGGUAAAAUAACAGCCAUGUUGUUGGAAAUCGACAACUCCGAGUUGCUGUACAUGUUGGAAUCAACCGAGUCUCUGAAAGCCAAGGUUGAGGAAGCUAUUGCUGUACUUCAGGCCCAUCAAGCAAAGGAAGCCGCUGCUAACCAGGCUACCACCAAUGUCAUGAGGAAAGAACAGUGCAUUCAGAGAAAUAAGACUUUACGAAAGAAAACCCGUUAGAAGAAAAUAGCUUGACGCGUUAAUUUUGCAUUUUUUUACAAAUCUUGGUAGAAGUUUUAUUGAAAGCAGAGACUGUUUUUAGUUGGAAGUGUUGAUAUGUCGGAAAAUGCAGAAGUAACCCAACUUUACCGUUGCUAGUUUGUUUUUUUGCAUAUCAGAAAAACGUGUGAAUAUUUUUGAACAGUCAUUGCAUUUGUUAAAAUGAUAAACCCUAUCAAAAAAAUUAAAUUGAGGUGAAUGUUCAAAAAUAAGCAACCAAAAAAAUCCAAGCAUUGUAACAGAAUUGAAUGGCAAACCAUUAACUCUCUCUCUUUUAUUAACUCAUAAUUGUUAGAAAAAAUAACAAAAAAAAUAGAAAAACUACUUUUAUAAUUAUCUUUUUCUGCUAUAUAUGAAAAUAUAUAUAAAUGAAACUGUAUUAUAUGUUACGGUAGAAGUGUGUAUGUUUCAUUUUAAAUGUUGAUGUUGUGUAUUGUGUUAUAAGUAAGGACCUUUGACAAGAAACUUGAGAAGAGGGAAAGUAAUGGCUAUUACUUCUUAUUAAACAUUUAGAGAGAGACUUAAUGGAUAUAACUCUUCAAUUACUGUAUUUGAUUUUUUGGAAUUUUUUUUCAUGAAAUUAAAAAAGUUGAGAUAGUUAUUUACAUAA